GCAUGGGUUGUUAGAUCGUUCAGCCCGUGACUCCGUGAGCUGUCCCAUCACUUGUUGCUACGAGGAGUCUUGUGACGGUGUAGCUGGAGGAGUUACGAAUAGAGUUGUCAGACUCGAUCAUUGGCGAAGAGAAUAAAGCAGGAUCGCUGCCCUCCGGGUGGCUCAUCCGCUAGGCAACGGUAGGACGCCACCCUCCGCGAGGCUCCACAUUGUCUCACUGUCAGUCCCUAAAACAACUUCUUCCUUCAAUAGUUCAUUAACGGUGUAUGUGGGUUUGAUGAAAAUAAAAUGAAUCAAGAAACACCACAUGCAAGAAAUACCUGUAGAAAUGGUGAACCAGAAGGAAGUGAGGACCUCUUGCCCAAGAAAGCCCACAGGAAAGUGACUGCAAUUGUCGUCGGUGCAGGUAAUAGAGGAAAAAACUAUGCCAGAUAUGCAGAAGAUUUCCCUCACCUGUUCCAAGUGGUGGCAGUAGCAGAGCCAAGAACACAAGCUCGAGAAUUUGUAAAAAAUAAACACUCCUUAUCCCAGGACCGAUGCUUUGAUAGCUGGGAGUUUCUGGUUGAAAAGUCUAAACUAGCUGAUUGUGCAAUUAUUGCCACUCAAGAUCAACAACAUCUUCAACCUACAGUUGCACUUGCGAAGAAAGGAUACCACAUUUUACUGGAAAAACCAAUGGCAGUGACGGAAGAAGACUGUCGUGCCAUUUAUGAUGCUUGCAGGGACGCUGGGGUUAUAUUGGCUGUGUGUCAUGUAUUAAGAUACCAUCCACCUGCCAGAAAGCUGAAGGAGUUAAUUGAAUCAGGAGUAAUUGGAGAUGUUGUCAACAUCAACCACACUGAACCUGUUGGGUUCUGGCAUUUUGCUCAUUCUUUUGUCAGAGGAAAUUGGGCCAAUUCAAAGAGAAGCACAUUUUCACUGCUGGCUAAGUGUUGCCAUGAUGUUGAUCUCAUUGCAUAUUGGAUGGGAAACAAGAAAUGUGUUAACCUCUCCUCCUUUGGUUCAUUACAUCAUUUCAGAAAGGAAAAAAAACCAGAGGGAGCUGGAGACCGUUGUCUACAGUGCCCAGUAGAGGCUUCCUGCGCUUACUCUGCCAAGAAGAUCUAUCUAGAUCCUGCACCCAGUAAGCCACGCUGGCCUAUGAGUGUUGUGUGUGACAUUGAGGAUCCGCCUGAGGGCUAUUUGGGCAAAUUAAAAGAAGCUAUUGAAACUGGUCCUUAUGGAAAUUGUGUUUACAACACUGACAAUGAUGUUUGUGACAAUCAGAUUGUCAAUUUUGAAUUUAGUGAUGGGGCAACAGCAACACUAACAAUGGUAGCCUUCACCCAGCAACUGUGUGCCAGAAAAACAGAAGUGUAUGGCACUCAGGGACAGCUGGUGUGGGAUGAGUCCAAGGGACAUAUUGUCCAGCAAUUUGACUUCUUAUCCCAAGCAUCAACAGUUCAUCAGUGUAAAGAGAGCUUCAGAGCCCCUCCUGGGUGGGGUCACGGUGGGGCAGAUUUUUUCUUAAUUGAAGCAUUUGCAAAAGCGGUGGCAGAAGGUGAUAAAGCGUAUGUCUUAUCAGGCCCAAGUGUAUCUUUGGAAACGCACCUUUUGACAUUUGCUGCAGAACAUUCAAGGCUGACAGGCCGUGUUGUGAGGCCCAGUGAGGAUCCUCGAUGGAUGGUGUAGUAUUUGAAGGAUGGGAGAGAGAAAAGUGCAGAAGAGAAGAUGAUCGAAGGAGUCAUGGAGUUAUAUUACCAAAGUUUUCAAACAGUUCAGUAGAAGAAUGAUAAUUCAUUCUACGGUAUAUAGUGAGAAAGAUGGUCUGAAAUAUGUGAUCUUCCAAAGCUUCGUAGUAUUUUCCCCAUAGGUAUAGGUACAAAAUAUUUUUUGUUUAAAUUUUAUGGAGCCUUUUUGGGUUAAAUCUAUAUACUGUAUAUAUAUAUA